AUGUGGUGUGGCAGACAGGAGCUAGCGCAACCGCGGCAGCAAUUAACAUUGGAUGUUGUAUGGGUUGUACCGGGGGAAAUUCGCAAACAUUAUUUACAGGAUGAAAUUCAAUAUGACAGAUUAGAAGCUGGCGCUUAUAUAAAUUGGUCUGCAAGUGUUGGUUUAAAAAAUCAAGCAAGAAUUGUACUUGAAAAUGGGUAUUCAUGUUCGGCGCCGGCAAGUUUGCUUGCUGCAUUUUCCGAAAUUUUACGCAAACUUAUUUUAGUACAGGCAUCACGGGAACAACUCUCUUCCGGUAAAGAAAUCACAAUUCGCUUACAUGGAAUUCCGAGUAUUACAAAUGCCGGUCUCUACAAUGUGAUAGCUUUUAUUCAAAAUGGACAAAUAAGAUUUUUGGAAACUGAAUUGGAGAAUAUUCUAACAGCAGCCAAUGAUCUUCGUGUGGUUUCAUUGGUAUCAUUGAUUUGUGAAGAAAUGAUUGCACGUAUAUUAGAAAAUACAUCAACUGCAAUUUCACUGCUAUAUACUGUUGUCACUUGCUUACCUGCGCACUCAGAAUAUCGCAGUAUGGUUGUCGAUAGCGUAGCAAGAAAAUUCCGUGAUGUUGUAAUGAAUCCGGAAUUUCUAAAGUUAUCAUUCGAAAUGCUUUAUGCGCUUAUUUCUUCACCAGUAAUACAAGGAGCUGAAUGGGUUAUGGAAAUUUAUAAAGCAGUCUUAUUUUGGCUUCGAAAUAAUAUUGAUUUAAUAUAUUUUGCACCAGCUUUAUUAGAUAAUGUUAAUUUCAAAAUUAUUAUCAAUACGAUUGAAAAUCGUCGUGAAAUAGUAAAGAAGUCAAUGGAAGUGCCAGAAUUGGGACCAAUUAUUCAAACCUUUUUAAUGGAUGCAAUUUAUGCUCAAUUUUUGGAUGAUUUGACAUUACCGCCAAGCCGUAAUCAAUCAUUAUCAUCGUCCAUUUAUACUAUAUCGGGUGCAGAAACUGUAAAUGCUCCAACUCCAGUAGGAGGGCAAUUAGGAUUAGCGCCAUCACCUCUUCGAUCAUAUGUUAUUCCAGCGUUUGAUUCCCGCUCACCUGUGACAACUAAAAGCAUUAGUAAUGAUACAUCUGCAUCAUUAGACAAAAAUUGGUGUUCAACCAAACAGCUACCAAUAGGAUCUGGUAGUUCUCGUAAACCAGUCGAUUAUCAGAGCAGUACUACAAAUACCGCAACUUAUACAACACAGGAAAAAAUUCCAAAGAAUGUUGGCGAUAGCGGACGAAGACUUUGGUCUGAAGUUCUAGCUCAUGGACCCAAAUAUAGUUCAGAAAGUAAAAAUUUAUCAAGUGAAAGACCUUCAUUCCAAGGUAGUACUAUAUCUUCAGCAGUAUUACCAUCAAAAAGCUCUCACAAUUUGAUUCGUACCGCACGUAAUGGCUCGACAAGUAGUGGUCCAGCAAGUAGUAGUCCGGCAGAUAGUGGUCCGUCACGUAGUGGUGCGGGAGGUAGUGAUUCGGCGCGUAGUGGCCCAAUACGUAAUGGUACAGCACAUAGUGGUUCGGCACGUAGUGGUUCGACACAUAGUAGUUCGGCACAUAAUAGUUCACCACUUAGUGGUCCAACAUGUACUGAUCGGGCACAUAGUAGACCAACAUUCUCUUAUUCAACUAUCAUUGAUUGCGAUGAUGUUGAUGAAGAGGAAACAGCAACCGCUAUUGCAACCUCUCCAACGUUAGAAUCGGCUGGAAUUCGAACAAGUAGUAGCCAGGAAUCAGCGUCAAGUUCAAAACGUCGACGUAAAUUUGAGCAAAUUCCGCUACGAACUGAACCACCAAAAAGUCGCAAGGAGUUACGCAAGGAACGGCAAGCACGUGAAAGAGCUGAGAAGAAGUGA